UGGUAUCCAUGGCAGCAUCUGUGGGAGCAGUAACAAAACAGACCCUGUUCCCUCCUCUCAUGCCUGCCGGGCGACCUUUCCGUGUGUCGAAUGCCUCCCGAAGCAGCCGGAAAGGAAUUGUUGCAAGCAGUCUGCAAGAGCUCAUCAGCAAGACUUUAGAUGCCUUCCUUAUAUCUGCUGGAAUAGUUACUCUGGUUUUGGAGGAAGAUGGCACAGUUGUGGACACAGAAGAAUUCUUCAAGUCCCUGGGUGAUAAUACACACUUCAUGGUUCUAGAAAAAGGACAGAAAUGGACACAAACAAGAAAUGGAGUUGCUGCUGUGAGACAAAAGAAGAAAAUGGGAGUAGCUAACAUCACAUUUGAUCUGUACAAGCUGAACCCUAAGGAUUUUAUUGGCUGCUUAAACAUCAAGGCGACCUUCUAUGAGAUCUACUCUGUCUCGUAUGACAUCAAAUGUAUGGGAGCAAAAAGCGUAUUGCGGAAGGUGCUUCAGCUAAUGUCCCACAUAGCACAAAUAACUGGACAGUUUCUUCUCUAUACUGGAACGUAUAUGUUGCAGUUGAUGGAUGAAUAUGAUGAAGAUGGCACGUGUACAAGACCAAGGCGGGACCAGUGAACACAGCUGCACUUCUGAUAUCGGAUCCUUCUGCUUAAAGACAUUAUCUUGCCCAAUUUUGAUUGUAAUGAUGUUAUAGCAGGGGGAUGUCUACUGAUGUGAACUAACAUUUUUCCCGUUUGGGAAUGCUUGUAGGCCUUAGUCAUAAAAUAAGUGUUUGGUGUUUGCAGGCUCUUAACGCAGCAAAAGGAUGGCUGCCUAAUGUCUGAGAAUCUGGCAAAAGGAGAGAGGGCAGGUUUUUGCCCCAGCAACUCAAACUGGAGAAUAAGUAUACUUGGAAACUUGCAUGCUUUGU